UAGAGUUUGCGUCCGUCCCCGGCCCACUCGGCGUCGUUCUCUCUCUCUCUCUCUCUCUCUCUCUCUCAGUGUCUGUCUUCUAAAAUGGCUAUAUAUCGUGUCCAAAGCCAGGGCUCAUCACUGUCUCGCUCGCAGCUAGCCGCGCAACCACCGAUCACGACUUCCCGGCCACAUGACGACGCGUACGCCCAGUAGUGGCACUCCAUCUGCCUACUUCACCGCCACUGCCGCCGUCGCGCUCAUCGUCUCACUGCUCCUCGUCGUCGGCGGUGGUGCCCAUGUUCCCGAGGGAGCGACGGUGCCGGUUUCGCCUGAUGUUGCCGCGGCGGCGGGGACGGUGCUGGUCCACGUCGGGGUGAUACUCGACCUCGAGACCGCGCUGGGGAAGAAGGGACUCCUGAGCGUGGAGAUGGCGCUGGAGGAUUUCUACGCCGCGCACCCAAACUUCACCACGAGGGUGGAGCUGCACGUCCGGGACUCCAACCGCGACGUCGUCAACGCCGCAUUUGCAGCAGUAGAUCUCAUCCGUAAUGAAAAGGUCAGUGUUGUCAUCGGUCCUCAGAGCGCUUUACAGGCAGAGUUUGUAACCUAUCUAGCAAACAAGACUAAGGUUCCUGCUGUCAGUUUCUCAGCAACAAGGGAUGCAGUCGCUCAGUAUCACAUCCCUUACUUCCUUCGUGCUUGUGUCGAUGAUUCCUUCCAGGCAGCUUCAAUUGCUGCCUUUAUUCAGGCCUAUAGCUGGAAAAAUGUUGUCGUUGUCUACGAGGACAACAACUUUGGUGUGGGCAUCCUCCCUUCUAUUACUGAUGCCCUUCAAGAUGUUGAGGCACAUGUCAUUUACCGUUCCGCCAUCCCCACUUAUUCUCAUGAUUAUCUCAUUGAUGAGGAGUUAUACAAGCUCAUGACCAUGCAGACACGUGUGUUCAUUGUUCAUAUGUUGCCAGCUUGUGGUUCCCGUUUCUUUGCUCGGGCUGCAGCAGCUGGUAUGAUGACUGAAGGGUAUGUGUGGAUUGUCACAGACAACGUCGGUGUUGUCCUUGAUGUACUUCCCGAACAGACCAUUGAAAUCAUGCAAGGUGUCAUCGGUUUCCGGCCAUAUGUUGCAAAGUCUGCAAGGAUCGUUGAUUUCAUGACUCGAUUUGUCGCAAUAUUCAGAGCCAAGUACCAUCAGGAUCAUGAUAAGGAUGUAAGGAUGACUAGACCCACUGUCCUCCAAUAUUGGGCGUAUGAUGUGGCAUGGGCAGUUGCAACUGCAGCUGAGAAUGCUAAGAGGGUCAGAUUCCCAAAUCUAGACUUUCAGACACCAGAAUGUGUGGGCAAGAACUCGGUAGAUGAUCUCCGAGCAUCUCCUGCGGGACCAGAACUCCUCAGAUUCAUUUUGGACUCAGACUUUGAUGGUUUGGCUGGGAGAUUCAGAUUUGUUGACAGGCAUAUUCAACCUACAUUUUAUGAGGUUGUCAAUGUGAUAGGAGAGAAAGCAAGGGGCAUUGGGUUUUGGAGCCCUCGUUCCGGACUCUCGAGGCUUAUGAACUCAAGUGCUAGCCCUCGUUCCGGACUCUCAAGGGCAGGUGAAGUCCUGAAACCUGUCAUUUGGCCAGGAGAUUCAACAACAGUGCCCAAAGGCUGGGACUUCCCAGUAAACGCUAAGAUACUUCGGAUUGGUGUGCCUGUGAGACAUGACUUCAAAUUUUUUGUGAAUGUUAAUACUGAUCCGGACACUAAUAUAUCAAGUGUUAGUGGCUAUAGCAUUGAUGUCUUUGAGGCUGCUGUGAAGAGAUUACCAUAUGCUCUGCGCUAUGAGUACAUUCCUGUUGAUUGUGCCAAUUCUUAUAACGAUUUGGUAUCCAAGGUGUACUUCAAGAAGUUAGAUGCGGCAGUGGGUGAUGUGACAAUUGUCGCCAAUCGAACUAGAUAUGUGGACUUCACAAUGCCAUACACCGAGUCUGGCGUGUCAAUGCUUGUCCUAACUAAGAAUGAUGAUAAACGAAACAUGUGGAUCUUCUUAAAGCCACUAAAGACAGACCUCUGGAUUGCUAUUGGAUUAUUUAUUAUCUUCACUGGUCUAGUUGUAUGGCUGAUUGAGCAUCCUAAAAAUGAUGAAUUCCAGGGGUCAACAUUGAGGCAGUUCAGCACUGUUUUCUACUUCACAUUCUCCACUUUGACCUUCUCGCAUGAUCAAAUUAUCAAGAGCCUUCAGUCGAAGGUUCUUGUGGUGAUUUGGUGCUUUGUGGUGCUAGUUUUAGCGCAAUGUUAUACAGCAAGCUUGUCAUCCUUGCUAACUGCCCAGAGGCUCCAACCUUCAGUUACUGAUCCAAGGCAACUCUUGGGCAAUGGAGAUUAUGUUGGAUACCAGAAUGGAUCAUUUGUGCUCGCUAGGCUGCUGAAACGCCAGUUUGAUGAGCGCAAGAUAAAGGUCUUAAGCACGCUGGAGGAAUAUGCAAAAGCACUUAGGGCCGGAUCGAAGCAUGGAGGGGUGUCGGCUAUCUUUGAUGAAAUCCCUUAUCUAAAUGCUUUCAUCACGCAGUAUGGAAAAGAGUUCCAAAUAGUUAGUCCCCCUGUCGACAGGACUGAUGGGUUUGGUUUUGCUUUCCCUAUAGGCUCUCCCUUGGUGCCUGACCUUUCGAAGGCCAUCUUGAGCUUAAGAGAGGGGCACGAAGGGUCUGAGAUUGAGAACAAAUGGUUCAGGGAUGCAACUCCUUCCCUCCAUUAUGGCAGUCCUGACAGUGAUUCUGCACGUCUCAGUUUACGGAGCUUCAAAGGUCUCUUCGUCGGCAAUGGAUUUGUUUUAGGCAUCAUGCUGCUGAUAAACUUGCCGAAGUUCAUUCUUGCUAGGUAUACUCAGCGGAGAAAUACCAGUCCACAGCGUGCCAAUAGCAGUGGAAAAAUUGCUAGUGACAAUGCACCAGAACAAUUGCAGGAUGGCAUGGCCACCGACCCUAUGCCUACUAAAUCGCUCCAGGUUGAGACUGUUGGUGACAAUGCACCAGAACAAUUGCAGAACGGCAUGGCCACCGACCUUGUGUCCGCUAAAUCACUCCCGGUUGAGACGAAGACCAGCUAGAAUGUUAGUAGAUAUCGUCAGGUUGCUUGCCAUAGAGUUAUCGUACCUAAUCCUCCAGUAAGGAUAAAAGAAAGAACUAUGUUGUCGGUCCGGUAUGCACAUGCCACCUCGGUUAAAAUUUUCUGUUUUUUUCAAUUAGAUAAUAGUCGGAUACAAUAAUCAUAUUAUCUAAUUGAAAAAAAAAAGAGAAAAUUUUCAUCAUGCCAUGCCAAAACUUGUUCCUGUCCUCUAUUUUCUUAUCUCCCCCACCCAGGUUUCCCAGGAACUUCUCGUUUUCAUUUUCUGGAAGUCUAACUUCGAGCAGUUCAAAUACUUGUACAAAAUAAGAGUAAGACAACCAGAUUGCUUGCAAGUCUGCAGACCUGAACAUUGAACAGGUAGACGUGUAGUAACUACAUAUACCCCUGAAUUCAGGUCUACAGGUAAUGUAGGCAUGUUGAUUACCUGAAUGAGCCACCUGAAGCCAUUAUGCUGAAUA